UCCAAGUCACCGAUGAAAUGGUCAUGAUAUUUGCUAUCUGUCUCAUUUAUGUAAUACUCACCCAAAAAAAAAAAAAUUCUCACUUAUGUAAUGGUAAAGCACUAGCAUUAAAAAAUUGCAGGCAUUUAUUGACAUCUAAAAUGGAUUUUCCCAACUCACGAAUUUCUCUGUUGAUUAUGUUGAAUUUAGAGUUGGAUUUCCUUUCGCACAUGUAGUAGUAGUACAUAUGAAUUUGGUGAGGAAAUUUCACAUGCCUUCCAUGAAUUCUGAAACUUCACCAUACCGCAUCACAAAUAAAUAUUAUCAUAAUCUAAGCCCAGUUUUGAUUCCCGAAAACAUUAAAAAGUUGGGCUUGACGUGGCAGCAAAAGAGCGGAGUCAAAUUGGUAGAAAUGGAGUACUGUAUCAUGUUUUGGAUUUCAUAAAUAAUGGUCAACCCCCAUUCCUAAACCGCACCAAGAAAAAAAAAAACAUAAAGAAAAAGCAUACUAUAGCACUAAUGAACCAUGGAAACUAUGGAAUUCCGUUCACCAUAUUUACUCUUAACAUUCCUCGUCCUCUCUCUCACUGCCCUCUAUUUCUCUCCCUUAAACCAAAUCCAUUUUUCUAUCAAAUUAUCUUCCUCUUCCUCUUCCUCUUCCUCCUCCACAACUUCAUCAUCUACUCCCCACCAAACACAGAACCCAGAACCAGAACCAGAAUCAUUACCGACGGUGGCGGAGUCUCUCCUCCGGCAAAGCCCUCCAUCCACCAUAACCACUCAAAUUGUCCCAGACCAUGUUAAAAAGAAUGAGAGUAGUGGUAUAGGGAAGGUUGAAGAAGGUUUGGCAGAAGCAAGAGCUGCUAUACACAAAGCAAUUCGCACAAAGAAUUAUACAUCAGAUAGCCAUGAGAUUUACAUUCCAAGAGGAACUAUCUACAGAAACGCCUACGCUUUUCAUCAGAGUCAUAUAGAGAUGGUAAAGAGAUUCAAAAUAUGGGCUUACAAAGAAGGAGAACAUCCAUUGUUUCAUAGUGGGCCAAUGACUUAUAUUUACUCCAUAGAGGGCCAAUUCAUUGAUGAAUUGGACUCUAGUGGAAAAAGCCCGUUUUUGGCCCAAACUCAAGACGAGGCCCAUGCGUUUUUCGUACCGGUCAGCGUGAAGAGAGUCGCCGAUUACCUCUACGAUCGGUCUGAUUCUUAUUCCUUUCAUGGCCGAUUGGUCCGCAUAGUCACCGACUAUAUUAAUGUGGUUGCCCAAAAAUACCCCCAUUGGAAUAGGAGCAGAGGAGCCGACCAUUUUAUGGUCUCUUGUCAUGAUUGGGCACCAGAAAUCAUAAACGAUGACAUGAAGUUCUACAAGAACUUCAUAAGAGUUUUAUGCAAUGCCAACACUUCCGAAGGAUUUGAACCUAAUAGAGACGUCUCAUUGCCGGAGUAUAACUUAGCAGCUAACCAUCUUGGACCUCCUCGUCUUGGCCAACCUCUUAAAAACCGUUCAAUCCUUGCCUUCUUUGCCGGUGGAGCUCAUGGAGACAUUAGGAAGUUUCUGUUUGAGCAUUGGAGGGACAAAGAUGAUGAAAUUCAAGUUCAUGAGUACCUUCCGAAGGGACAAAACUACCACCAAAUAAUGGGACGGACAAAGUUUUGUCUUUGUCCAAGUGGGUCUGAAGUAGCUAGUCCUAGAGUUGUGGAGGCAAUGAGUGCUGGUUGUGUUCCUGUUCUUAUUUCUGAGUACUAUUCGUUACCCUUUGGUGAUGUUCUUGAUUGGACAAAGUUUACUAUACAAAUCCCACCAAAGAGAAUACCAGAGCUCAAGACAAUCUUGAAAGCAGUGUCACAGAGGAGGUUUUUGACAUUGCAGAAGAGGGUUUUGCAAGUUCGAAGGCAUUUUGAACUGAACCGACCUGCUAAACCAUUUGAUGUAUUUCAUAUGAUUCUUCAUUCUUUGUGGCUUAGACGGCUUAACAUUAGGAUACCAGAUUGAUUUUUUAACAAUCAGAUAGCAUUUCCUUUUCCCCAUUUAUAACCAUUGUUUUACUAUAAUUUCUUAGUUCAAUAGGUUACUUUUACUGCUUGAGCCUAAUAAUGUUAGUUUUCGAGUAUUUUUCUAGGGUCUUAUGCAGUCGCUUCGUGAAUAUAAAAUAAGCUGAAAAUGGUUUCUUUUGUUUUUCAUACCUUUAUAUUUAACACAGUCAAAGCACAAAAAUAACUUUAUAUAAGAAUCAAGGAGUGAUUGAUAGGUAGAUAAGCAUACUGUUAGCUACAGAUUUUGAAGAUUCUUUCAAUUUUAGUGUCAAUGUGUAUACCAUACACAAUUAUCCAGCAUAAAUAAAUUGAAAAAGCUAUAAUAUAAAUUAAGAAAGAUGUGUCUUGGAACUUGGUUACAAUAAUUAUGUUAUACUCUAAAACCCAACACAAAAAAAAAAAAAAGGAUAAA